AUGCACACAGAGUAUGAAGAUGCCUUUACUGCACGGAAUUUGCAAAACUGGACCCUACCCAAAAUCUACAAAGAGCGCCCUUCUGCUCGGGAAGGCUACACUCAAUUUAUAGCCAAUGAACGAGGACACCUGCUUCCCUCAGUGCCACGUUCAAAGGCUUCCCCCUGGGGCACAUUUAUGGGAACCUGGGAGAUGCCACUGAAGAUUCCCCCAGCCAAACUGAGCCUGACCUCCCGCUCAGCUGCCGCAGCCUCACGCCUCACCAACUGGAUCCACAAGUCCACCACACUGACCAACGCCUGCAACGGCCUCCGUCCACAGAUCACCGGCAAGCCUCAGGAGCCUGAAUCACACAUGCAGACCACCAAGGAGCCUUCUAAUAAGAACAGCCGGGCAUCUAGCAGAGGCUCCCAGCACCCCAGGUCCUCCGCCAAAAUGCCCCCCGAAGAGGAGGCUUAUCACAAAGAAUCCGCCCCCCUCAAGGUCCCACUGUCACGCCAGCCGGGCUGCAUGGAUGUUCGAAUCAAAGGAGCCACCUCCCAAGAAAGCUCAGUUUUGUGCCAGUCAGGCUCAAAGGAGGAUAGGAACAGAGGUGUGUCAGAGGUCCCACUGUCACGCCAGCCUGGCUGCAUGGAUGUUCGAAUCAAAGAGAGCUCCUCACCCAAAGGCCCUGCUUCCCUCCGACCUCCUUCAAGGGAAGCUAAUCCUAGGCGAGCCAUCUCUGCCGAAGUCCCAGCUGCAAGUCGACCUGGAUCAAUGGAGGCUAAAGCAAAAGGAGUCAGUUCACCUGAGCUUGUGGCUUCAUCUUGUCCUGAGUCAAUGGAGGCCAAUCCCAGGGGAGCCAUCUCGCCUGAGGCCUUGGCAUCAAGUCGCCCUGGUUCAAAGGCUAGUGAAACUGCUGCGACCCCGAAGAGAACUUCAAGGCACGCAGCAGAAGGGAACGGGAACAUGUCACCCAAAAUGGAAGGGUCAGCAAGACCCAUGUCCUGCCCUGAAGAAAGAUUUGAGCAAACAUUCAACUGAAGGCAAAUUCAGCAAAUUCUAUGCCCAAGACACAAACACUACCAAGACCAAGGACAAACAUUUUGCUCAGCAUUUCAAGCCAUUCUUGCCCUUUACUUUCUUCAGUUCUAGUCUUCUCCAUCCCCAUGCUGGAGGGAUUUCCUUUCCCUCGCUGCUUUCCCUGCAUCUAGUUGUAAAUCUCUUCAUUUUUAAUCCUGUUUGUGAGCUAGUUUCUUUGUGCGUAGGAGCUUCCCCCUGGAUAAGAACGAGCCCGGAUGACCAGCAGACACACAAUCCACUUUCAAGCCUGUUGAGCCCCAAGGUUGGGGCUUUCGGACAAAGACGCUGCCUGAGGGACAUUCACCCCAGGCACAAAUCAUUUUUCAACCUGAGCAUGAGGACAAAACCAGCCAAGGCUGGCGUAAGUUGGCAAAAGGGUGGUUGGUUCUGAAGGAGUCCAAGGGAUGCUAAUGAUACGACUGUACCUUGUGGCCAGCGGGUGUGUUCAUGGGAAUCAACACAAAAAUAAAACUAAAAAACCAAAAA